AUGGAAGAAUCAAAGAAAGGAGCUCAAAGCCCUAGUGUAGAAGAUCUAAAAAACAAGGGAAACGAAUGUGUUAAAGAUGGGAAAUUUAUUGAAGCUGUACUUCAUUACACCCAGGCUAUUAAAAUGGACCCGAACAAUUAUGUCUUGUACAGUAACCGGUCGUUCGCGUUCUUAAAACUCGACCAGCAUUACUUAUCGCUGCAAGAUGCAAAUGAGACGGUGAGGUUGCAGCCUCAGUGGGCCAAGGGAUAUUUCCGUCGUGCUGAAGUGGAAGCGGCCAGUGAGUUGUACGAUGAGGCCCUCAUAUCAUACACUAGGGCCCUGCAGUUGGACCCACAGAACACCAAGUUGAUGGAGUCUAUAAAGAACAUUAGUGAAACGCAGAAAAAGAAAUAUAGAGAUAGUCAAAAUGUCAUGUGGAUUUGCUCAUGUGUUGGCCUUAUAUUUGGUAUUGUUAUUGUUAUACUUGACUAUAGUUUAACCAAGACCCCUACUUUAUCGAAUCCAUUUAGCAUGGUAGCAUUUUCAAUGGCCUUGUCUGGGAUUGGAUGGGUGGCCGGCAAAGCUGCGACCAUGAUGGGCAGUACUCCUGGCAAGUCACUACAACCGCCAGAAGACUUAGGUGUUAAUAAUGACGAUUCAAAAGAGAAAGAGACUCCAACGGAAAAGAAGAAAUACAGCAAGGCUCAAGCAAGACACAGAUACAAACAGGGCAAACUCUAGUCCAGGGUUAUGUUUUGUUUCAACAAUUUUGGGUGGCCCCUGUAGCUAGGUUUUAUAGGUCCAAUUUGACAGAUUAUUCCCAUAUGUUACCACCAAGUUGUUACCAUUGAUUGGUAUGUAAUGUUUAGGAAUAUUACCAAUGGGUACAAUUGAAAAAAAAAAUCUUACUGUUAAUUUUUUUUCAGUUAUCAAUGGAAACAACUUGAUAAUAAUCACUGGAAGUAAUUUGAUUUGACUAAGUCUGUAAUUUUGUCUUUGUACUAUUAGUAUUACCAUUCGGACCAUUCCCUAUAAUCUGGCAAAAAAGAGCGAAAUUAAAAACUGGCAACAUUGUGGCGUCGUUCAUUUUAAAUCAAAGGUAAGAAAACUCGACACUAUGAUGUUGCCACUUCUUAAUUUCUGCUCUAUUUUGACAGUCUGUACUCUUCUAAGCACUGGAGAUGAAAUGAAUGAAGCACUGGAACGUAUAUUAUUGUGAACAUGUAAAAUUCAAGUACAAAAGUGCUUUUGGCGCUGUUUAAAUUGUUCACUAAAAAUCACGUGUUUUCAAUAUUCCGAUGCUUCAUUUCAGCUCAUGUGGAUUCCUCGUAUGAUUUGAAAGUGUUUACAACUAUCGCACUGCACCUAUAAGUUAGAGCGAGAAAGGGAUAUCAAUUUCUCGCUCUCACUUAUGGGUGUGGCGCAAUAGUUUGUUUAACAGCUAACGGCCUAGCCAUUGGUCUAAGUGCGACAGCGGUGAGCGGCAGCCAUACGUGCGAAUAAAGUCCCAUCGCUGUGUCUCGCUCCGAUGUAUGGCCGCCGCUUACCGCUGUCGCCCUUAGACCAAUGUCGUGGCUGAGCCGUAAGGGAGAAGCAUACAUAACAUAAGUAAUACUUGAUUUUUAUAUACUCUAAAAGCAUUAUAUUUAUGGGUUGCGGUAAUACAUGGCUGUAUUAUAGAAAUUAAAAACUGUUCAGUUUUA